AAUCUAGAGGAAAAAGAAAAAUAACACAAACAAAGCAAAAUUAGCACUAAGCGGUUGAAGCCAACAUCUGCCUCAGCAAACUCUUCUCUUCUUUGUUGUUAGUUUUGGUAAAAAAUGUCGGACCAAUACUGGAGGUACAACGAUUCAAGGCAACCGCCCGCCGUUUCAUCACUCCCCGCUAAGCGCCCUCGCUCCGAUUAUGAUGUUCCAUCUGGACGGGAUGUAGCUGGUUAUUACUCUCGUGAUGAUGACAGGCAAGCUCAACGUGCAAUUAGAGAUACCGAGUCCAUAAACCAAUCUUAUGAUCGUUACCUACGUAGCACGCAACUUUACCCUGGGGCAGAUUCAGGAAGAUUAUCUGGCUCUGGAAUAUCUAGUCAUGCUGUUGAUGAUCCUCGACUUGGAAACGAUCCUCGACUUGGAAAUGAUCCUCGACAUGGAAACAAUCCUCGCAUGUCUGGUGACCCACGUAUGUUAAGCGAUCCACGUAUGGUAACUGAUCCACGAAUCAGUAGCGACCCUCGAAUGACAGGUAUUGGAAUUAUGGACCCUGGGAUGUCCGUCAAAGGGCGGGGCUCCAACCUUGGAUCUGGAAGGUUGGAGGUUUCCCUUCCACCUGAUGCUAGUAGUACUCUCUAUGUAGAGGGCUUGCCUGCAAACUGUACGCGCAGGGAAGUGGCUCACAUCUUUCGUCCCUUUGUGGGCUACAAGGAGGUCAGGCUUGUGACCAAGGAAGCAAGACAUUCUGGGGGAGAUCCAAUUGUGCUGUGUUUUGUUGACUUUUUGAGUCCCGCACAUGCUGCAACAGCGUUGGAUGCCUUACAAGGUUAUAAGUUCGAUGAGAAUGACCGUGACACUUCUAUUUUAAGGCUGCAAUUCGCUCGUUAUCCAGGUGCAAGGUCAGGUGGUGGCCAUCGCGGCAAGCGUUGAACGGUAUGAUUUUGCAGGUGACAAAUGUCUUCCAUUUGAUCAGGCUUAGGCACUAUUCGCUCUGUAGGCUAUAGCUGAAACUCAAACAAUUUUUUGCUGUAAAUUACCAAAGGGAGUUUGUAUGUAGGAAUCCGCUCAAAAUGGGAGGUUGGCGUCUGCAAUAUUGAGGUUGAUAUGAUCACCUUACAAUUGAGAUCCAUGCACCAAUUUCAUUCUACGGUUUUUGUUAUAGUACCAACUCGUGGGAUUUGGGGGAUUGUAGCUAGUUUGGAGUUUGUACCCUUUUAUUAGAAAGUUAUGAAAUGCCAGAGUGCCAGACUGUAUUCUCUUUUAGUUUUAGAUACUUUGAAACUUGCUACUUAUGUAUCUGACUGAAAUACAUCGUCGACAUUACCUGGUCUUGAAGUUGGUUUUCCUUGCUUAUAGCAAUUUCUGCACUGCUAGGGAUCAAUAUCUACACCUGCAAUGGUUUGAUGAGGAGUGACUCAAUGUUAUAACCUCUCUUCAUCUGUUCAGUUCUUGUGAUCACCCAAUGUAAAAGCCAGCCUACUGCGUUUCAAUUAUAUACCUUGUUUAUUUCUUUC